ACUCAAUUGCUGUUGAUUUUCGAUUUUUUUGUUUUGUUUUUUGUUUUUGUAUCUGUACAAUAUGCCGUCAGCUAACAGAAGACGAAAUCGAAGAAUGCGAAAGGCACAGGCCGCACAGGCACAGGCAAUACAAAAAGCCGAUCAGCCCGAUUUUCGAUCUGUAGCUGUCGCUGACGCGGUCAACCAUUCAAUCACAAAAACUACAGAUUUAGUUUCACACAACUCAUCACGGGACAAUUGUUCCCUUUGCAAUGGAAAUAGAUGUGAAAGUGUCUUUAAAGUAGGCUAUUGCGGCUGUAAGUUUGGAUACUAUUGCUUUGAGGCCAUUUACAUGAAAGAAUGCCCAACGUGUCCAUCUAAGGAAUCUCAGAAUUCAAAUAAUCCAAUCGAUACUUUCAGUCGAAAUGUUGCUGGAGGAAUGGUCGAAGUCGGAGAAUUCGCUUCACUCGCGCUGGAGGAUUGGGCUAACUCUGUGACGAAUUUCGUAACCUCUCCAAUUUACGACGGCCCUGUCGUAAAUCAAAGAGCAAAUUUAUUUGAUUCUCGUCCACAAUCAAUGAAUCAACGGGAACGAGAUGAUGUCAUCAGAAAUGUGAAAAUCGCUAAGGCCGUUGUGGGAACUGCAGCAACAUUGACGGGGCAUUUAGCAAAUGGUGUGGGUACUUGUUUGUGGGCAUUGGGCAGUGUAUUGUCUCCAGUAGUGCGAGAAGUUUCAACAAAAAUACUCACUGCAAAUAAUGUGGAUAAAGAAAGAGCCGAACGUAUGGUGGACGGUGGAAUGGAAAUAGCUAAAGCGGCAAUCAUUUCAACGGGAAGUGUAGCACGGGGAGCUCAGAUGGGAACGGGAAUAUUAGCUUCGGGUGUUGGCCGUCGUUUGGCCCGUAAUUAUGAGCGCAGCUGUGGAUUCCAGCCGGGAGAACUAGAAUCACAUGUUGGUGACAUUGCACAGAAUGCCGUUCACACUGCCUGGAACGUAAGGGCAAUCCAGCCCAAAUCGAAAUUGACUAAAAUAUCUAGAAUUAAUCCAGCGCCUAAGUCUGGAAAAUAGGACAAAGGUCCAGGGUGUCGGAUCUAUAAUUUUUGGUAUUUUUAAUAAAAAAACUCAAUUU